AACCAGAACCAGAGCCAGGACCAGAGCCAGGGUCAGUCUCAGAACGCGAAUCAGUCUCAGUCCGGGACCGGGACCGGGCAGACCGCCGAGAAGCAGGACUGGCUCGACAAGAGCUUGGAGACUGCGGGCAAGAAGUUCGGUGUCAACAUCAGUGACGCCAACGCAGACAAGAUCGGCGAUUUCGUUAACAAGGAGUUCCAGUCGAAGGCAGGU